CCUCCCAAAAAAAAAGACAAAACAGAAACAGAAAAAAAGAAGAAGAAGAAGGUGUAGCUACAAAAAGCUUCAAAAAAAUUAAAAACCAAAAAAAAAUGAAGACACUUUCAUCUUCAUCUUAUUUUCUUAGAAAAAUUCGUAUUUCUUAUUUCCUCUUAAUAUUAUUACUCUUCAUUGUUCUUAUCAUUAUCCUUUAUAGUGAAAAAUUCAAUUGCAGUUUCUUCCAGUUUGAUCCCAGAAUUUCAAGCCAACAACAAAAUUCUAUCUCAAGAACUAUUAGAAAGAACAAAGAGAAAUUACCAUUUUCCAUAGGAGAGACAAAAGAAGGAUGCAAUGUGUUCAAUGGAAAUUGGGUUUGGGAUGAGAAAAGACCUUUAUAUGAAGAAUCAGAGUGUCCUUACAUACAACCACAAUUGACUUGUCAAGAACAUGGCAGGCCAGAUAAAGAUUAUCAACAUUGGAGAUGGCAACCUCAUGGUUGCUCUCUUCCGAGUUUCAACGCGACAUUAAUGUUGGAAACACUUCGAGGGAAGAGGAUGUUAUUCGUGGGUGAUUCCUUAAACAGAGGACAAUAUGUUUCUAUGGUUUGUCUUGUCCAUAGAAUCAUUCCUGAGAAUGCUAAAUCCAUGAAAACUGCUGGUAAUUUCGACGUUUUCACGAUUAAGGAUUAUAAUGCAACAAUUGAGUUCUAUUGGGCACCAUUUUUGCUGGAAUCAAAUUCUGAUGAUGCAGUAAAACAUAGGAUUGAAGAAAGAGUUGUUCGAAAAGGUUCAAUAAAUGUACAUGGAACAUAUUGGAAAGGGGCUAAUAUUAUUGUGUUCAAUACUUAUCUUUGGUGGAUGAGGGGGCCUCGUUUUCAUAUUUUGCAAGGGUCUUUUGAUGAUGAAGUGAAAGACAUAGUGGAGGUUUCCACAGAGGAGGCAUAUGGGAUGGCAAUGAAGAGUAUGUUGAGAUGGAUUAAAAGGAAUAUGGAUCCAAAGAAAACCAGAGUCUUCUUCACUAGCAUGUCACCUUCUCAUGGAAUGAGCAUAGAAUGGGGAGGUGAACCAAAUAAAAAUUGUUACAAUGAAACAAAAAUGAUAGAUGAUCCAAAUUAUUGGGGAUCAGAUAGUAGAAAAAGUAUAAUGCAAGUGAUUACACAAGAAUUUGGCAAAUCAAAAGUGCCAAUUACAUUUCUCAAUAUCACACAACUCUCAAGUUAUAGAAAAGAUGCGCACACAACAAUUUACAAGAAGCAAUGGAAUAAAUUAACACAAGAACAACUAGCAAAUCCAUUUAGCUAUGCUGAUUGUGUUCAUUGGUGUUUGCCUGGCCUUCAAGAUACUUGGAAUGAGCUUUUAUUCACAAAGCUUUUUUAUCCUUAGAAAAUUUUAUGGAUCAUUGAAGGAUCAUAUUAUAUACACAAGGAAAGGAUUUGUUUCAAUUUUUUUUUAUACCUAAAAUUGGAUACAUGUUAUUUUUUCUCUUUAUAAUUUAAUUGAAGACCUCAAUGGAUAAAUGUACCCUAACCUUGUUUGGAUCAUUGUUACAUAUUGUUUCAUAAUAUUGUAUAGUGUUAUAUUAUAUUGUA